GUAUUGAUGCGGAAGAUUCUCGGUCCGGCCCUCUGCGUUCUCGGAGCUUCCCUCUUUCCCAACCAAACGCCACACCCCCCUCCUCAACUCCGCUAAACACCCCCACCCUUUUUGUUAUUCGAUUACCGACGGAGCGAGGAAAGGCGACGUAGAGCAAGAGCGACGGCUGCGAUGGCUUCGGGCCUCCAGAUGGAUCAAGAAACUGCCCUGGACCUCGUGAAGAAUGGCGCCACUCUUCUCCUCCUCGACGUCCCACAGUUCACUCUCUUCGGUAUCGACACUCAGAUGUUCUCUGUUGGGCCUAACUUCAAGGGCAUAAAAAUGGUCCCACCCGGUCCGCAUUUCAUUUACUACAGCCCCUCAAACAAGGAAGGCAAUGAGUUUUCACCAACAGUUGGCUGCUUCCUUACUACGCAACCUGCUGAGGUGGUUGUUCGUAGGUGGCAUCAGCAAGACGAGCGGUUGAUGAAACUAUCAGAAGAUGAGGAAUACAGAUAUUCUGAUGCAGCGAAGCGUUUUGAAUUUGAUCAACAACUUGGGCCUUAUGCUUUAGACCAUUAUGGAGCGUGGAAGCAGCUUUCUAGUUACAUCACAAAGAAUGUUAUCGAACGGAUUGAACCUAUUGGAGGAGACAUUACAAUAGCAUAUGAGUCUGGAAUAAUUGACAAAGCUCCUAAAACAGCCAUGGAGAGGCGUUUGAUGGACCAGUUAAGAAAUAGUAAGUUUUCAAAGAAUGCUGCAAAAGAAUCUCAUAAGCGAGGAUGCUACUUUACAACUAUUCCCCAUGCUGUCAAGAGUAGAGACGUCUUUGGAGAAGAACUUACAGCAUUGAAUCUUGACAAAACAACUUUAUUAGAAAGCAUACUGAUGAAAGACUAUGGAGGUGCAGAAGAUCUACUUUUGGGGGAACUGCAAUUUGCUUUCAUAGCAUUCAUGAUGGGGCAAUCACUGGAAGCAUUUCUACAGUGGAAAGCAUUAGUUAGCCUUCUUUUCAGCUGUACAGAGGCUCCCCUUCGGACACGGACUCAGCUAUUCUCAAAGUUUCUCAAAGUGAUCUACUUCCAGUUAAAGCAUGGAUUUCAUAAAAAUAAAAAAGAUGGGAAUGCUGCAGACAAUGGAACAUCUGUAUUCUUAGACGAUGCAUGGUUCUCUAGAGACAUAUUUUUGUACCGUCUUUGCAAGGAAUUUUUCCCUGUGGUUCUAGAAUCCCCAGUUGUUGAUGGAGAUCUUCUGUUAUGGACGAGAAAGCUGAAGAGACUGCUUGAGACUGCACUUGGUUGGGAUUUUGAGGAUAAUGCAAUGGAUUUUAUCUUUGAAGAAAAUGAUGAGUUCUCUCCUGUCAUUGUACCGUCAAAUGAAGUCAGUCCCAAUGAAGGCCCUUUGGCAUAAUGCUUAAUAAGGGGAUUUAGAUGUCCAGAUAUAUUGUGCCAUGGUUUAUUUUUCUUUCGCAUUGCCAAUUUCAGCAACCAGUUUAUAGAGAAUCUCCUGUGCAUGCAGUGUACUCAUUGUAUUGCAAUUAAUGCAGUAACACUUCAAGCAGUCAAUCCACAGAGUGAGUUGCAUUAUGUGAGUGGAUGGUGCUGCAUCAUGUGAGAACGCCGUAAAAAGGACUAUGAUAGCUGAUUUCUAUACAGUAAAAGUGGCUGCUUUUUUACUACCUACUGGUCUGGAGGAUGAUAGUUUAGGUGCAUGUAAUGAAUUUGUGUUAUACCGUGUGUUAUGUAAUGAAAAUGAUAUUAUAUUUCAUAUACAGUAAGAGGUCAAAUAGUGACUGUUAUUUGUGUAUGCAAAGUGAUCUCAAACUGUGUUCAUGUGUCUCCACUCAUUAUUCAUAUUCAUUGAAGCUUAUUCACACA